GUGAGUGUGAGUCCUCCGACACGAAUAAUCUAGAAAAUUUUACUAAGACUAGUGUCAGUAUUUUUCUACCACACUCGUCGCCUUGCUUUACGCUUUAUUCUCUCUUCUUUAGCUUUUUAUUUCUUCAGCAAAUCUGAUUUCAAAAAAAUUUCAUCGAGGAAACUGAAAAAAAAAAAUGAGUGACGGGAGGAGGAAGAAGAGCGUGAACGGAGGUGCACCGGCGCAAACAAUCUUGGAUGAUCGGAGAUCUAGUCUUCCGGAAGUUGAAGCUUCUCCACCGGCUGGGAAACGAGCUGUUAUCAAGAGUGCCGAUAUGAAAGAUGAUAUGCAAAAGGAAGCUAUCGAAAUCGCCAUCUCCGCGUUUGAGAAGUACAGUGUGGAGAAGGAUAUAGCUGAGAAUAUAAAGAAGGAGUUUGACAAGAAACAUGGUGCUACUUGGCAUUGCAUUGUUGGUCGCAACUUUGGUUAGUUCCCUCCUCUCCUUCGCUUAAUUUCUCCUUAAGGUGGCAUUUUUCGAUGAAAAGUUCUCAGUUAGGGAAUAGUGAUUUCUUAGUAAGUAUAUCUAGUUUUGGACAUGUGAUCCUCUUUGGCUCAUUUUUGAGUUUUGCUUCUGUGAAUCUUUGAAUCUCGUCUGGUUAAUAGUGAAUCAUUUCAAUGGUUUGGUUUCUUCUCUGUCUUAACUAGACUUGCUUUGGAAAAAGUUGUUCUUCUUGGGAUGAAUGGUUUUUGUGCGCUUAGUGUUGGAUAAAGUUACGGGUUUAGUCCCUGUGACAUUGACAUAAGUUCCCAAACUGCAGAUAAAUAAGAUCUCGGUACCAAUCAAACUAGGACACUAGGUUCUUAUGUAACGCAUGAGACAAACCAUUUCGUUUACUUCUACCUCGACCAGAAAGCUGUGCUGCUCUUCAAGUCGGGUUAAGAAUUUGAAAACCAAGAAAACUCAUUGUGAUGUUCAGUCCCAUUAUCAUCAUCACGUUGUAGCUAGUUUCUUGUAAUUUGUAUGUAUGUGUUGCUUCUAAGGCUUUUAACCGAACCAAAUUUGGAGAAUAAACCCUAUAAAAAGUCUUUUAGUACAUGUCAUGCAUCUUCAAAUGUAAAUUUGAUUUCACCAGAUCUAAAACUCAGCUUUGAUAAAUCAGAUAUUCCGGUUUCUUCAUUCAUUGAUCAAA